GGGACUGUGCGGGGUUUGGCUGGCUGGAAGGUGCGGCGGCGAGACCGGGCGGGAAGAUGCCAGUGGCGGUGAUGGCAGAAAGCGCCUUCAGCUUCAAAAAGCUACUGGAUCAGUGCGAGAACCAGGAGCUCGAGGCUCCUGGAGGCAUCGCGACGCCCCCGGUGUACGGCCAGCUGCUGGCUUUGUAUUUGCUGCAUAACGACAUGAAUAACGCGAGAUACCUCUGGAAGAGAAUACCGCCUGCCAUAAAGUCCGCGAACUCUGAGCUCGGGGGGAUCUGGUCGGUGGGACAGAGGAUCUGGCAGAGGGACUUCCCCGGGAUCUACACGACCAUCAGCGCUCACCAGUGGUCCGAGACGGUGCAGCCCAUCAUGGAGGCACUGAGAGACGCAACAAGGAGGCGAGCCUUCGCCCUGGUCUCCCAGGCGUACACCUCGAUAAUCGCGGACGACUUCGCCGCCUUCGUGGGGCUUCCCGUGGAAGAGGUGAAAGGUAUCUUGGAGCAAGGAUGGCAAGCUGACUCCACCACGAGGAUGGUGUUGCCCAGGAAGCCAGUUGCAGGAGCCCCAGAUGUUUCCUUUAACAGAUUUAUUCCCUUAUCAGAGCCCGCCCCAGUGCCUCCGAUUCCUAACGAGCAGCAGCUAGCCAGACUGACCGAUUAUGUGGCUUUCCUGGAGAACUGAUUGAUCCCAGAGUUCAAGAUCCACCUUCAGAAUCUUGUCCAUUGACGCGUAGAGAAGCAUAAAAUUUUUUUUCCAAUUUAUUGGCUGGAUUAAGCACCUCAGCAUUCCUGAGUAUGUGAUAAAAUACAUGUGUAAUAUAAAGUGUAUUAUAUAUACUUUGAACUCAAACAUACUGAAAGUUCAUUGAAAUAAUUCUCAUCAUUUAAGAUUGAGCAGUUUGGAUGGAGCCUGUCAGUAUUAUGCAAUUUCUAUUUCCUGGUGACUCAAAAUGAGCUUUUUGCUUCAUGUAGAACAGUGGUUGUCAGCGGUCUUUGCGCUGCCCCCGCACAGGCCGCACUCCCAUCUGUACUGUUGGCUGAUGGCCGCCGUGACUGGCUGAGGUUUGAGGAGGACAGUCCCCACGGGCCACCCCGCAUUGCUGGGGACUGUGACUCAUCCUCAUUGCAGAAUACGCUCUCUUCUCCCCGGCCCCUGAGAAUCACUAAUGCGGAUACAGAAAAAUAGCCACGGGACAAAUAAACCAUUUCCAUGGUAAA